UCACGUUAUUGAUUAUUCGUCCAGGUUGCAGUAGAAAGAUAACAAAAGGCUUGUCGAGGUGGAAAACGUUCAAAGCUAUACUGAAAUAAAAUUUACAUUCUUUUACACUGUUUUCAUUGGGAGACGUAGGCCUACUAGUACGUAAGGUUGUGUCGACAUAAAUUAUUCAGACGAAAUUUUUUGUCUUGGUAACAAAUUACUUUCGAUUUGCAGCAGAGUGUAAUGGACCACUUUGACAGCAACACUAUGUUCAGACGAGGGCUCUACAUUGUUGUACUAGCCGCCAUUGCCGCUUUCUGCCAUGCGGUGGAGCCACCGAAUUGCCCUGCCAACAAACCGUUCGUGAACUGCACCUUGAGUCCGUGUAAUGUGAGCGCACCCUGUGUAACCUCUCCCACUGCAGUCUGCAAACCAGACUACUGCGGCGGGUGCGUGGCCAAGUUCUACGACAGGAGUGAUAACAACGAAGUCCAUUGUGAGGAAGAGGUAGGCAUCAUUUGCGAAUUGAAGAACACCACCAUUGGCUGCCUGCAGGAGACAGAGAGGAACAAAGUGAUGAAGAUCUUGUUUGCCAACUACGGCCGAACCAGCGACAUCAAGUGCCGCCAUCCCUACAACACCUCAUCGCUGCACGAGUCUCUCAACUGUAGUGCUGCCAAUUCUACCAAGAUAAUCCGGGAUUUGUGUGAGGGGAAACGCACCUGUCAUCCGGAUGUCUCCAAUGCCGUAUUUGGUGACCCUUGUUAUGGGACGUACAAGUACCUGGAGGUGGAUUGGCAAUGUGUGGACCCAGCCAGUGGCGGCUGUGCUCUAGUUCAGAAAUUACNGUGCGUGGCCAAGUUCUACGACAGGAGUGAUAACAACGAAGUCCAUUGUGAGGAAGAGGUAGGCAUCAUUUGCGAAUUAAAGAACACCACCAUUGGCUGCCUGCAGGAGACAGAGAGGAACAAAGUGAUGAAGAUCUUGUUUGCCAACUACGGCCGAACCAGCGACAUCAAGUGCCGCCAUCCCUACAACACCUCAUCGCUGCACGAGUCUCUCAACUGCAGUGCUGCCAAUUCUACCAAGAUAAUCCGGGAUUUGUGUGAGGGGAAACGCACCUGUCAUCCGGAUGUCUCCAAUGCCGUAUUUGGUGACCCUUGUUAUGGGACGUACAAGUACCUGGAGGUGGAUUGGCAAUGUGUGGACCCAGGUACGCUCAGUUCUGUGACGAGAAAUGAAUGCAGCGUUGGAGCUCUGCUCACCAUUGCCUUUGGUCUGGCAUUCUCUCUUAGCAGAACCUAACGCACCGACAGGAACUACGAGCGCCAAGUAAAGAUUACAUAAGCUUUAGCGUGCCAUAAGCACAAAAGUUCGUCUUCAGAGUAUGUCAAACACAUUUUAUUUGUUUGUAAACAAAACAGCAUUUAGCCAGAUUUUGUAGUUUUAUUUUAACGUACUAAAACACCAUUCGCACCUUUUCAAAAUAUAAUUGGGAAAUGGAACUAUUGACGUUGAAGAGAUUUGCCCAAAAAUAUAAGAAAUAUAUAAGUACAGGCUAAUACUAGAAAACACUGAAUAAAGGGAUUGCAGGUCACGUGUUACAGACAAUGCUUUAAGAACUGUCCGAUUUUGGGCACUGAGCAAUAUUAAAAUAUGUAAACAUCUCGCACUGAAAUUAACCGAUUAAAAAAUCUGUAUCUGCGUUCCAGCGCUGUAUACCCUAUCUACUUUUACAAUGUAAAAAUCUAUCACUUAUUUUCUUAUACUGGCACUUUCGCAAGAAACUUUUUUCUUGUUAAUUUGAACAUUUAAAAAGUUAACGGUCCCAUUUUUCAGACCGACGCAAAGUUUGCGUCCAAUCACAAGCAAACAGAUGACUAUGUGUUCAAAAUAAAAUUGGCAUAGUGAA